AUGGAGGCUCUGAGCCUUCUUUUCGUCCUCCUGGCGGCAUCAUCGGCCGUCCUCGCCGCCCCCUUCGAGGGCCCUGCCGGCAGCUUUGCCUUGCAAGUGGCCAAGCCCAACGACAAGCGCGACUUCAUCAACGAUUGGGCUGCUGCCCACCGCAAGUGGGGGAAUGGCGUUCCCGAGGAGACGGCGCAGAUGUUUGCUCUCGCCAAGGAUGAAAGCCAAGUCAAAGUCCAGCCCAUGGCCAAGGACAUGGCCUACCUGGCCGAGGUCGAAAUCGGCACCCCGCCGCAAAAGGUCAAGCUGGCGUUGGACACUGGGUCCUCGGACGUCUGGGUUCAGUCCACGGACACGAGAUAUCGCGUCAACCGACACGGCCCGUGGCCUGCGCGCUACAGCCCCAGUGCAUCGACAACGGCACGCCAGGUCGACAAGGCCGCGUGGAACAUCCUAUACGCCGACUUGAGUAGCGCAAUUGGGAUCGUCUAUCGUGACACGCUUCGCAUUGGCGACCUCGAGGUCAAGGACGCCUUGAUCGAGUCGGCAGCCAUGCUUUCAGACGCGUUUGAGAUGGAGACGGGCUUCAGUGGUCUCAUGGGCCUGGCCAAGCAGCUCAACAACAGCAUCAUUCCUCCCGAGCCCACCUUUCUCUCACAACUCAAGCGUCAGCUCAAGUCGCCCGUCUUCACCGUCGAUUUGCGCGCCAACGCGUCGAGCCGCUUCGACUUUGGGCACAUUGAUGAGAGCCUGGCCUCUGACAACAUCACCUGGCUCCAAAGCGACCCCGCCAACCCGCACUGGACCGUCGACCUGGAACUCACCUCGUGGACCGGCAACCAUAGUGUCUGGUUGUAUCACAAGUUCGAGGCCGUCGUCGACACCGGCACCUCGCUCAUGUUCCUUCCCGAGAUGCUGGCGAGCAGGUACUGGAGCGAAGUUCCCGGCGUGCAAACCGCGCCGAUAGCCCACGCCUCGUACCGCUUCCCGUGCGCAAUCGGAGACAGGCUGCCCGACAUAAUGUUCAAGCUCCCCGGCACCGAGCACAUCCUGACCAUCCCCGGUCGCUAUCUCAACUAUGGACCGACCGGGCAGGACCCUUCCAUGUGCUGGGGAGGCAUGCAGAGCUCGGGGCAACUGGGCAACGUGACCAUCCUGGGCGAUUCCAUGCUCAAGGCCCUGUUCGUGGCCUUUGACAUGGAAAAGGGCCGCAUCGGCUUCGCCAACAAGAAACUGUAUGAUGAUUGA